AUGUUCUUUCAUUCGCCUCUGCUCUACUGGAACUGCUCGCUCGAGGCGGUCGAGAACGAUCGCCGGAUCCUCAAAACCGUGAACGAUGGAAUUGCGCUGCGAUCGUCGGCUCAGAUCACGCUCCGAUGGGCCUCCGUCUUCGCCGGGAAACACUUUUCGCACCAGAAGCUUAUUGCCGCCGAUGCUUUGGUGAUCAGCAUGUUCUAUCACCUCAACUCGACCGCCGGAGAAGAGUGGGACCGGCGAGCCGCAAAACUUAUCCGCGAAGUAAAAGAUCAUGGAAGAUACCGGGUUUACGGACAGGAUUUCCAGAGCACGUUGUAUGAGUUCCGAUUCCAACCCAUCUCGAUAAUCGAAAUGCUCUCUCUAUCCGGGUGUUACUUGGCUGCAGCCGUAUACUUGGCCGUGUCUUUGCGCCGGUUGAGGGCUGUGAAGUCUCGAAUCGGUCUGGUCAUCACAGCUCUCACUCAGAUUUGCACAUCGAUCAUGUCGAGCUUCACAAUUCUGGCGAUGCUCAAAGUCCCGGUUUCACAUGUUCCCAGGGAGGUAUUUCCGUUCAUAGUAAUCGUGAUUGGGCUGGAGAAUAUGUUCCGUCUAAUCAAUGCGGUACUCGCGACUCCGGCGGAGCAACCUUCGACCAAGAGGAUAUCCAGCGCUCUAGGAGAGGUCGGCUUCCUUUCGUUCGUCGCUGUGGCUACUGAUGUUGGCUUCCUGUCCCUUAUCGCUGUGAUUUCGGUACCUGCCGUCCGAGAGUUUUGUGCAUUCGCCGGUAUUGCUUUGAUAAUGGACUUCGUUUGGCACAAUACCUUUUUCCUUGCGGUCCUGAGUGUCGACGUGCAGCGUAUGGAGCUGCAGGACUCGCUGGAUAGAUUGAUGAGCCUGAACUCCAACGAAGACAACAAUGACUUCCAAGGGCUCGACAAGACCGAUCGGAAUCCAAGCCCUGUCGCGGAUUUCUUGUUUAGGGGCGGGUCGCCAUUGAGCACCCGGAUUGCUGGGUCAGCCAUUAUGAUUUGUUUCGCGGUGGCCUUGAACAUUCAUUUCCUCGACAACCAACACCCAUUGGUAUCGCUAAUGAUGUUUAUCGACAUGCUACGACAUCCCAACAGGUUCUCUCAGUGUAACGUCACCCAUGACAUGCCGCUCAACGUCGCAAGGACCCCGACCGCAUGGCUCAGCAAACAGGAUGAAUACACAGGGAUGGAGCUUAUACGAGCCGCCAAACACAUGCGAGCGGCUAUGCCCGACGCCUUCAGAAUCAUAGCAAAGGCAUACAGCCCAAUAUUCUUCGAAUUGGCAGGUUCCGAUCGUGCUCAGACGCCAGAUAAGAUGCCUAACAUCAUCAGCACCAUAGACAUCGAUGUCCUCAAGGAACACCUGGUCCUCUUUGGAUUGACUUUGCUCGUCGUGGUGACCGGUGUCACUCUGCUGAUGAACCAUUUCCUGUCAAGGGAGCUGCCAGAGGAAGCCGUAGUGCCCAAGGAGAACGAGGGAUCGCUGCUGAAAUGCCGAACUCUGAUCGAGGGCCAUUCGCUCGAUGUGGCUGUACUUGCGGCCUCGCCUCGCGGCAUACUGGUGUCUGUUGGUCUGGAUAGGCGGAUCGUUGUGUGGAAGCUCAAGGGGAAUCAACAACCGUGCUUGAAGGAUGUCAUCCGGCCGACUUGCGCGGAACACGUCUUGUGGCCGAUCAUCGGUGUUGCGCUCGAUGAGAAGGGAGAGUGGCUAGCGAUUGCGCCCAAAUGCGGGAAAGUCUCGUUCUACCAAGUUGAGAAGUCGACUCUCUAUCGAUCGCUGGACGUGGAUCUGCAAGGCCAUCAGCCUAGCGCCUUCUUCUUCGCGCCCCGGAAUCUCAACGAUGAGCAAAACCACGGACCGCGGCUUGUCGUUUUGCGGAGCGAUGGCUGCUUGUUCGAGGUCUACGUCAAGACCAAGGAGAUUGUCCGGCAUCAAAUCUGUGAAGGAGUUGUGGUUUCAUCAUCUCAUGGAGUCUUUACUCCGAGAUUGCCGCUCAGGAUUGUUACUGCAUGUCAGAGGGGACGCAUAUUUGUCACGGCAAAGUCGCAAGGGGACUGGUAUACCGAGCAGUUGGACCUCAUGUCUCCGCCGUUUACAUCGCCCUCUAUGGAGCCCGGUGAGCCAUGCACCAUAUUGCCUCUCUCGUCGCUGGGAAUGGUGAUCAGCUCCCGGUCCUGCAAUGUUGAGCUGGUGGAUAUCCUUUCUGGCGGCAUCAUUCGCUCCUUUCAAACCGGUCAGUUCAAGCCUGGCUCCCUCAGGGCGUUUCACGCAAAACAGCGCACGUGCCUCUACUGCGGAUGUCCCUCUGUCCUCUCUUUCUCCAUUGCAUACAGCGAACGGGAAUCAGGCAUGUUCAUGAUGCACACGUUUACGUCUUCUCGGGGGAAAAUGCGAGACAUCUGCCUCCGAGCCGAACGCGAUCGACGAGAACGCAAAUGCACCGGUUUCGAAAGCGUAAUAGAGACUACCCAUUGGCUCGACAAUGUCGAAGGCUGGGAACCCACCUCGUUGAACAUGGUUGCCGGUGUUCGUCGUCGCGAGGUGCCCCUGGACGACCAAAGCUCGGAUGAUUACGAGUCGCCGACGCACUGCGGAUCCAGUUUGAGGCGGCGGAAGCAGCUGGAGAAGAAGAAUCUGCGGUGUGACGACGAGGAGGAUGAGUGGGAGGCCUGGACUAUGGACUCUUGCGGUGUCGUCACUUCGUAUCCAUUGCACGACAGUACGGAUCCGGACAGCCGUGGUGACGGGUUGCUCGUCAGCCGGGCCGGGCCAGUAACAAAAUUGGGGCAGCGGAGUGUGGCCGUGGGAUUCGGAAACAACAUCAAGCUGCUGCUGCUUGGCAUGGAGCGGUACGAGGACGAAGAUGGCGGAGACCCAUAUCAUGAUAUCGCGCGAAGACCAAAGGGGCAUCGGUUGCGAUGA